UCGGGCGUGUGGACGCGCAGACAGCUGAGGAGCUGUUUUCUGAUUCUUGUGCUACUAAGUAUCGGAUUUGGUCCAGUUUCCGGAAUACGUAUUAGCUUUGUUUAUAUGUGAGAAGUAGAUACUUGGUUUUGGAUUAGUUUUUUAUGAAAGAACAGGUUUAGGACGGAUGUUGGAUACGAUGUAUCUUCUCGUAACGAGACUAACGGCGGAAACGGAAGCUGGAAUGUUCCUCUAAGUGUCCAAGUUGUAACUCUGUAUUUGUUUAUUUUUUGGUAACUUCUGUGUCUGGUUGCUUUAAAACAAGUGCGGAGUGUGCGGUUGGACCCGGAGACACCGGAGAAGCUCUUGGUGCCACUUGACCCUGUUUUCCAGAUACGAAGACGCACCUGAGAAGGACACUGUGGGAGGACAGUUUUCAUUCGAGUUCCGUUGACACUCGGGACAAUGAAAAAAUGCAGGAUAGACGGUGGGUUCCAUCUGGAAACAACGUGCCUACUGUGAGUCCUAAACGGAGGGUGAAGUCGUGGCGACUCGGCUGGGAAGCUCAGCAUGAGGAGUGACGCGCAGGACCGGCGACGCCACGCGGCGCUCCGGGGCGCCCGGUAGCCGCGGCUCUGUCCACCCUCCUCCCCCUUUCUCCCGCGGGUUGUGCGUGUCGCGUGCGCGAGGAUGAGCGCGGACCUGGAGCGCGUGUCGCUGAGCUCCUCGUCGGCCGGCUCGCUGGCCUCGAGCGCGCGCGCGCUCUCCGCCAACGUGCGCAAGCUGCACGACGCGCUCAACCUGCUGCUCAGCGAGCUCGAGCGCGAGCAGUUCGUGCACUGCCUCAACGUUUAUCACGCCAAGCGCAACGUAUACGACCUGGUCCAGACCCUCAAAGUGAUCCUCGACGCGCCCAGCAAGCGCCAGCUGCUCCCCAUGCUGCGCCUGGUCAUCCCGCGCUCCGACCAGCUCCUGUUUGACCGCUACACCUCUGAGGGACUCUAUCUGAAGUCCGACUUGCUGGCCGGAAGGAACGGCGAGCACGAGAGCGCCGACUCGGCCCCCGCGCGUUCAGCUUUGCGCGCGUCCCCUGAGCACCAGAGCAGCACUGAUGGCACUUCCACUGCGCUCGUCCCGCUCCUGGGCAGACAUUUUCUCCCCGAACCGCCGGGCGAGGUCAGGCAGGUGACCCUGAAGCGCCACAAGAGCAACGAAGGUUUAGGCUUUAGCAUCCGUGGCGGAUCCGAGCACGGGGUCGGGAUCUACGUGUCUCUGGUCGAACCGGGAUCCAUGGCCGAGAAAGAGGGACUGCGAGUCGGCGAUCAGAUCCUCAAAGUGAACGAUAAAGUGUUCGACAGGUUUACUCAUGCCGAUGCGGUUAAGGUGCUAAAAGGAAGUAAGAAGCUGUGCAUGUCGGUGCGCUCCAUGGGCCGCAUCCCGGGCGGUUAUGUCACAAAUCACGUAUACACAUGGGUAGACCCACAGGGCCGAAGCGUAUCUCCUCCUCCUGACCUGCUGGAGCACCGCAGUGCCACCCUGACCCGAAACCAAGGCCAACAGCGCAGCCACAUGCAGCUGCUGCAGGAUGGAGAUGAGAAGAAGGUGAAUCUGGUGCUGGAUGAUGGUCGCUCUCUGGGACUGAUGAUCCGUGGAGGAGCUGAAUACGCUCUGGGGAUCUACAUCACCGGUGUUGACCAAGGUUCAGCAGCAGAGUGUGGGGGGCUAAAGGUGGGCGAUCAGAUCCUGGAGGUAAAUGGGCGUAGCUUCCUGAGCAUUCCUCACGACGAGGCGGUGCGUGUGCUCAAGGCUUCACGUCACCUAAUGAUGACCGUGAAGGAUGUGGGGCGACUGCCACACGCCCGCACCGUGGUGGGAGAGACCAAAUGGAUAGCCAGCUCCCAGAUCACGGACAGCUCAGCCAGCAGCAGCGUAGCAGGUCUUUCUAUGGAUCAGGGGGCUUCAGCCUCAGGAAAGAUGGGUUUUUAUAAAGGAGUAGCUGGUUCUCAGGUGACUCUCUCCAGUCUGGUGAACCAGAGUAGAGCCAUGCUAGAAGAACAGGCCAGACACCUUCUUACUGAGACUGAAAGACAGACCAUGAGCUACUACAUCCAGGAAUAUCGCAAUGGACACAUUGGAGUCGAACAGUUGGUCAUGGCCCUGUUUGAGCUCCUCAACACACAUGCCAAGUUUUCUUUGCUGACUGAGAUGCGGGGGCUGGUCAGUGCUCAGGAUCUGGAGCGUUUUGAUGCGCUGGUUCUCCGCAGGGAGAUUGAAGCUCUGAAGGCUCGACAGGGAGAAGCAGGAGGAGCAGCACUGCACAGCGACUCCUUCUCAAUGGUGUCCUACCCCGACACACUGGCCUCCUCCUCAGGCAGCUACAUGACCAGCACCACACUCAGCUCUGCACGGGAGCGACUGCUGUGGUUGAUUGAUAUGAUGGAGAAUGACAGUGCGGUGGAGACUAACGGCGAAGACGCCCAAGAGAGUAGAAACGCCCUUCCCGACAUCGCUCUGGAUGAGAUGGGGUCAACUUCAGAAUCCCCACCUUCCUUCAAACCCCCUCCUCCCCCUCGCGUACAGCGCCGCCCUAGUCGUAAACCCGCCCCUUCCGAACACCCUUCUUCCGACUCCUCUAACCUGCACUUCCCCGCCCCAUCCCACUCACCUACCAAAGACCAAUCUAAACACUACUCCGUUAGCCCAAAGAAAGAACCUCAAUUGGCUCAGUUGUCCAUGGUAAAUCAACACUCGUUUGGUCCUUUCCCACGUGUUCAAUCACCCAACAGGUUAAAACCCCCUCCAGCACCGACAGUUCCAGCUCCCCCUGCUCCUCCUCCUCUUCCAUUCUCAAGUCCAGAAAAACCCAAAUCCACUCCGUCGUCCCCAUCCACCAGUCAGCACUUUGUCAUGGUGGAAGUGCACAGGCCCAACGCAGAGCCUGAUGUCAACGAGGUCAGACCGCUUCCCCAGAGCCGAGGAUCCACUAUGUCUCAGCUCUCUGACAGUGGACAGGCGCUGAGCGAGGACAGCGGCGUGGACAUCUCAGAGUCGGGACGCCUGAGCAAGGACAGCAGUCCACGUCCUGCCCGAACCCGGCCGCUGAGAGAGAGUGCAGGGGGAGGGGAGGGGAGCACCGUCAAACCGCCUGGGUUGCUGGAGCCCAUGUCGACUCUGGUGCGAGUGCCGAAGAGCGCCAGCACGCUGGGUAUCGCUAUUGAAGGAGGAGCAAACACGCGCCAGCCGCUGCCACGCAUCGUCACCAUACAAAGAGGGGGCUCAGCUCAUAACUGCGGGCAGCUGAAGGUGGGCCAGGUGAUUCUGGAGGUGAACGGGAUCUCUCUGAGAGGACGAGAGCAUCGAGAAGCAGCCUGCCUCAUCGCUGAGGCCUUCAAGACCAAAGAGAAGGACUAUAUCGACUUCCUCAUUACAGAGUUCAACGUGGCUUUGUAAAACCUAUUGAGCUUUCCAGAGGAUUAGAACUGAAACUGGCAUGACUCUACCACUAGUCCCCAGCAAGCUGAUCUUCUCUUCUGAGAUUUCGUCUGAAGGCAGACACAUUCUUGGUGUAGAUACUGUAUAAAUCCACCAGGUGAACUCCAGCGUUAUCAUCCUGAACAUGGCCAACUGGUACAAGGCGCUGCUAAGUCCAAUUACAACCAUAUCUUUGGCUAUGUCUUUUUUACACGAUUCCCUCUCUUGUCAGGAAACAAACUCUGUCUCCUUCACAACGUUCAACUCAUUCCCCAGGUCGGAAUUUACUUCUUUAACCAUUAUACUACAUUCAGCUCAGAUUUUCAUAAUUUUAUAAAAGAAUAUAACCCUGUUUUCAUGAUCAUGACGCAAGCCCAAGAUGCUGGCUUAAUAUAUAUGUUAUGAGGACUGAGGACUAUCUGCACAUUUGAAUGAUCAAGACAUGUGGAUAGACAUCCAUUCAUAAGGGCCCCUUUUAUUUCCUAAUUUACUUUAAAAGCCAUAUGGCUCAAGGCAGACAGAUUUUUAUAUUAGUGUUUAUUAGUAGAUAUGACUGUCUGGAUGGCAAAACUGUUCUUUCAUGUGUGAACCACUAGGACAAAGUGUUUGGUAUCAGCUAAUCCAUUAUCUCUACAAUGGCAGUAUAUUUGGUGACUUUAGUAUUGCAUUAGAUUUGUUUGAACCAUUCUGCUGUAUGUUCUUUCUUUUUAUUUGCAUAAAGAACAGGACAACUGUGGGAUUCACAUUUAGAAGCCACAACUGAUUUGUUCAGCGUUUGCUCUCUAUAUGUUUAACCACAAGGUGACUUGUGUUUCACUCUUCAGUCUUGUGUGUUAAUCUUUAGUCUUUAUUUCUUUUAUCACUGAUUUUCGCAUACCUUCUUCUUACUGUCUGUUCUGAAUCUAUUACGUUUAGUUAUAUGAGAUGGGGAUACAAGGAGACUGGAUAAAAACAGCAUGCUCUUUAUUUAGGGCAAUCCAUAAGUCAUUAUCAGAGUCCAUUCUGAGAGUCAAAACACAGACAGAUAGUCGAACCAGGAAGUAAUCAACACAAAAAUAGAAAGCUUGCUAACCCUAACGCUAACCCCAAAGUGAGACAAAAAGCAAAGUCUUAUUAAAGAACAGAAUGGUAAUGGAAAUAGAGUAAUUGUUUAGAGUCUAAGCACAGAACAAGUGCUCACAUUAGGUAACAAAACAAAAAAGGCACACUGUAAUUUAAACAUAAAAGUGCAAAGGGUGACAUGAGAGCUUGCCUGACAUGAGAAAGUUGCCUGUGUAGCUGCUAAACCAGAUACCCCUUUAGUUGAUGUAGUUGUGUAGUGCAGCAGGAGUCGGUAAAGCAUUGUGUUUUCUUUCUACCGUAAAGCGCAUUAAGUUUAAUGAUUUAUACCAGAAUAUUUUUGCUUUGUGAAUGAAAAGCUAAUAGUCUGCUUGCCCCAUAGUGCAGGGACUAGUGAUUUAUUGACUAGCCUCUUUAUAUCGAAUGUAUCAUCAACAGUGUGCAUUCACACCAGGUCUUAAUAAAUGGGACAGGAAUUUUUAUACUCCAGUGUAAAAUCGAUGUUAGUUAAAUACUGUUAAAGCUAUGCUGCUAUAAUAGAGGUCCUAGGAUUAAACCAUGGCCUCUAAAAUACCACUAAAUGUAUACCUGGUUCUUCCAACUGGCUGAAAACAGAAAGUGUAUACACUAUAUGGACAAAAGUAUUGGGACAACCGACUUCACCAGUUAUAUGUCACAACAAAAUUGUAAACCUGUUCCAGCCUAAAAACGACUGCUUAAUGAAAAAAUGCUUGACAUGGGUUCAGUGGCAGUUCUGACCUCAACUCUAUUGAAAUCCUUUGGGAUGAAUUGGAACGUUGACCGCACCUACAUCAGUACCUACUAAUGCUCUUGUGGCUAACUGUGUACAAAUCACUCUCGAAAAUCUAGUGGAACAUCUUAAAAUGAGAGGAGGAUAUUAUAACAGCAAAUGAAACAAAAUGUGUAAUGGGAUGUUCACAAAGCACAUGUAAACUUUAUGGUCAGGUGUUCACAAAGUUUUGUUCAUAUAUUGUCAAUGUCAAUAAUGAUAUAAAAUAAAAGUGUUCAACUAUUUCCAUACACUUACACAAAAUAGAUAUUUCACAUUCCUCCACAAAUUGAAUAGCGUUAAUGAAACGAGACAGAACACCUGCUCGGCUGCUCACUGCAGUUUUCGGUAAGACUUGCAGAAAACAUGAUCUUGUAAUCACACUUUCAUUGCUUGUCAGCAUAGCUCAUUAUUUUUGUUUAUGCUAUUUUUGUUGAAUGUGUCAUGUAAUAAUUAUGCUUAAGCUAUAAUUAAGGACAGGGACAGAACACACCAUUUAUACUGCUCCUGUAAAAGAGGGAAGAGAAAACCCAUCUUGACAGUGAGCGCUGACCUUUCAUCUGUAGCACAGCGAAUGUUUCUCCAGAAAACUGGUGAUCUAGAGAGAGAAAAAAAAGAAGAGGCACUUUAUCUAAUUAUGAUAGCAGAAUCUGGAACAAGACAAGGUAAUCAGGCGGAGGAGAGAAGGAGAGGUGUGCAGGCAGUGUAACUAAUGAAAAGUUGCAAAGUGUGAAGAGAGAGAAAGAGGUGCGGAGUCUUCAUGUGUCACUUAGGUUACAUAAGCAUGGAAGAGUGGGAGCAGGUUAGAGAGAGGGAUUCUAGUCUAUUUUGUAUGAGUGUAAGAGAGAGAAGAAAAUAUAUAAAAAGACAUAACGCAUAAUAGUGAAAAAAUUUGAAUUGCUGUGUGCACAUUAUAGAGGUGAAUUAAAAAAGGUGUGUGUGGUGUGUGUGUGUGUGUGUGUGUGUGUGUGUGUGUGUGUGUGUGUGUGUGUGUGUGUGUGUGUGUUUGUGCCUGCCAUUUAGCCCCUCAGAAGUGAUGCCAUUCGCAGAUCCAUUUUCCAUCCCCAGUUUAAAUGCACUACUAAGUCCUCUAAUGAAGUGUGUAUUUUAAACAUAUAUAAUGGUAUAUCUGUACUAAUAACACUCCGAAAUCUUUUUCUUUACGUGUCAUUGGCAACAAUUUCAUACAGACAUCAGAAUUUUAAAGACCACACUGUCAAAGGUGACUUUUACAAUAAAAGCGAUAUAAUUAUUUAUUAUAUAUUGAUUUUAAUGAAAUAGCAGAGGUGGGCUUGUUGUGCUAGAAUAGUGAUUUCUAACAUAUAGAAGGCUUUGCCUACCUUUGAAUAUUUUUUGCUGAGGGUUGAGAAAGUUUGUUUAGGAAAAGUUUCAAAAAUGAUGUAGCACUGAGUUGAUCAAGUACAGAUUUUUAUUCCCAACCCAAACCACUGUAUCAUGCAUGUUUUGUUUUUGUUUUUCUCAAAAAAAUAUAAAUAGAAGAUUUUUGUGUUUUCAGAAAAUAUACAAAAGCGAGGAAAGGUAAGAGUUUAAUAGACAAAGCAAAAUUUCACUUAAUAAGCCCAGGUUGCAAUACAGACGGAAAAACCGCAAUGCAAAUAAUUCCAAACUCGCAACAGUCCAAAAAUUCAACGGUUAUUUAUUAAUAAAUGAAUAUAAUGACUAUUAAGAUCUUAGAAACAAUAUAGUAAUAAUGCAAGAUUUUACUAUGAGUGACACAAUCUCCAGGUAGUUUACAUUUAUAUUUAUGUAUUUAUAUAUGUAUGAAUCAAGUGAUUGGUCUCAGGUGAUGCAAAAGUGUGUAGGAAAUCAGGCAGGAAGGACCCCUGGUAGGGUUGAGUGUUAUUGUUAGUUAAGCCAUGACUGUACUAUAGCUGUCUUUAUACUAGGAUUUCUCUGCAUUUUUUUUUAUAAAAUAAGGGACAAUAAGAUCUUUGUGUGUCAGUAGUGUAGCCAUACAUUCUUAAUAUAUUUACAUUUAUGACAUUUGGCAGACAUCCUUUUCCAGAGUGGCUUAUGUCAGUUAUACAUCUGAGCAAUUAAGGGUUGAGGGUCUUUGUUUAAGGAACCAGCUGUUGCAGCUUGCUGAUGCUGUUAUUUAAAUCCCUGACAUUGGUCAACUACAGGGAGAAAGAUAUAUAUAUAUAUA